AUGCCGGGUCAGAUAGGGUCGGAGACGAGCGCUUCGGAUGCAACGCGCUUUCAUGCAUCUGAUACAACCAACGCUCAUGACGAAGGGCAGACUUCACCAAGCGACGAUGGAAGCAUAGAAAAGAUGCCAGGUCCGUCAAAGAGGAAACGCCUCUCCGGCCUCUCUCGGCGGACCAGGGCAAAGACAAGAAAUCUUUUCAAAAUGGACGGUGCCGCGGAGGACGACCGGUCUGAGAAUGAGGGAGAAGGGCCUCUAGACGAUAUGAAACGCGAUCCUGCUUUCAAUAGCAGCCAAUUAAUCAAGAAAAAGCGAUUUCGCCCGGGGAAGACCGCCGACAAAACGCUCGGGGCAAUUCAGUCGAUCGGCAACGCCGUUGUUCACCCUAUAAAGUCUGCCAAAAGCACGGCUACCAGGACCACUGCUGGUCAAUUAUCGAAAGCCGAGCGUCCUUUCCUCUCUCAGAAAGCCGACAUGGAGUUUCUUCAGGCCCACGACAAUCUCAAGCGCGCAGAGUCCACAAGCUCAUCGAAGCAGGGCACGUCUGAUGAGGAGCGAGAGUCCCUGAUUGGUGGUCAUCGAGACAAGAUUCGAGAAAUGGAAGAGCAGCGUGAGGGUCUACGUGCGGCGUGGACGACUAGUCGCCAUGUCAGAAGGGUGAGAGUAGUCCCAAAAAGGCAUAUCAACUUUCCACACAACGAGUAUUUUGUGGAAAGGGACGAGCGUGGAGAAUUCGUACGCUACGACUGGCUGAAAUGGCUAGGAUAUAAUCUCAUCUACUACACCCAAGACUUCAGCGCUCAAUACAUUGACGAUUUUGAAGAGCUUCCCUUUGACAUCGAUAGCUCAAGACAUUAUGUUGAACGAUUGAUAAUGGCCAGUGCACCUUGGCAAUCAUGGGCUAUGAAGGUUCGUGCAGUCUAUCGAUGGGAGCACCCUCGAACUACUGGCGAGUGGUUUGCUCUUUAUGUAUUUCUCUGGUACACCCAACAUAUAAUGGGCUUCCUAUAUUCUUACAUCAUCUACAUUGUGGUCAUGAAUCGUUACUAUCCUACCACGGUCGAGUCUCUUCGAAAAUCUCAGCGAAGAGCUUUCGAUAGCAGCGUCAGCGCCAACAUGUUCAGCGAAUUGAUUGAUAAGCACGGACGUAAUGAUUGGCUCGAUCCAGUCAUGGAUAGCUUGGGACCUUAUGUUCAGCUUCAACUUGGUGACAUGGCCAAUAUGCUUGAAGUCUUUUCCAACUUUUAUCAUUGGAAACACCCUAAAAAGACUGUCGCCUCCCUCUAUUUCUUUGCAUCAUGUCUCCUGGUAUCAGUUCUCACCGACAUGGAAUUCUGUAUGCAGAUCGUCUGGUUCAUUGUUGGGGGAGCUUUCUUUCUCUGUUGGCCGGUGUCGUCCCACUACCCGAAGUACCGAUAUCUGGUUUCCCCAUUUAAAUGGGUGCUUUGGGAUAUCCCGACGAACGCAGAAUGGUCAUUCAUCUACUUGAGACGCAAAGCACAGAUCACCCGUGAGCGAAUCAUAGAAAAGAAGGUCGAAGAAGGCCACUUCCGGGAGCUCGCCAGUGCUGCAGUAAACGAGUAUACGGGACGCAUGACAAAUGUGCCUAAAAUUAAGGUAGGGGGCAGUGGUUCGGAAGACGAAAACAGUGACGACGAUGACGAUGAAGGCUGGUAUAGCGCGUGCUCAACGACCAGCGUCUUGGAUGCUUCUGACAUUCGAUCCUUCCGAUGUCAGUCACAUAAAGUCAUUGGGCGACUGAUUAUACAUUCGAAAGGGAUUCGCUUUGUUAGAAGUCUACCGAAGAAGGAGUUGUGGAGACGGGAUUACCUCGACCUGGCGGAGAUGAGAAAGGUGGAAGGGUCAGCAAUGUCAAAGCUGGCUUCAUUAUCGCCCGAUGAGCUUGAGAUUAAAUGUAUCGACGGAAGCAAGAUGCACUUUGAGGGAAUGAAGGAAAGAGAUGAGGCAUUCAAUACCGUGAUUGCUUAUUCGGGGAUGCAAUGGCAGAGCCUGCAAAUUCUAAGCAAUACCAAAGCUCAAUCCUGA